AUGAAAUACUUGCAAUUAACCCUUUUCCUUUUAACUCUUCUUAUUAUUUUGGUCAACGCUGGUCCUGUAAAACGUGAAGCUGAAGCCGAAUAUAAGCCGUAUUGUUAUUAUGAAGAUUAUAAGAAAUAUUGUCCUUAUAAGCAUCACCCUUACAAAAAAGAAACUGCAAAAGCGAUCGCUGAAUCAGAUUUGUCCGAUGUAGUCACCGAAAGAGCAGCAUCUUAUCAACUCCAUGACCGCGGAUACAAAAACGACCAUCACGGCCAUCACGACCAUUAUGACCACUAUGACUAUCAUCAUGGUCAUCAUGGCCAUCAUGACUAA